UGGGGUUGAGUCGCUCAGAUCUCCAUUUUGUCUGUUUUUCUUGGAGGUUAGCGCCUACUUUUCUAAUGGCUAGCUGCGGACUCUCCGCAGCUCGCUCAGUCCAGCCCAGUUUGCGUGACAAUUAACGGCGAGAUCGCACCGUGAGAUUGAAAAAAAAAAAACUCGCACAAGUAAACACACCCAACGUGACGUGUUGACUCGUUUGAUCAAGUCACGCAGCGAGACGCCGCAGCAGGAAGCGUCUGAAGGCAGCAAACAUUGAGUCAGCGGUGCCACUUGGGUCAAACCAAAACAAUGUUGACAGAAGACCCGCGGACACGUACCAGCAAUCGCUCAUUUGAACGAUGGACAAUGGUGGCGUGAAGAAGAUAACGUAUAGAAGAGAUGAUCAUCUGAGCAAAUUGGUCUACACUGAAAGCCCUGAGAAUGGAGGUCUGUUGAAAGUGGCUCCGCACAGUGCCAUGUCCAUCACUUCCGCCACCUCUCUCCUUCUUCCAUCCAGCCCUUUGAUGCAGCCAGGACAGGUGCCUUACGGCCUCAGCAACAGCCCCCUUCCAGAGGAGCUCACCUCCGCCACUGGCGCCGUAGGCCCCUUGUUGGAAGACCAAGAGUCGUAUCUGAGCAGGGACCAGAAGCUCCGUCAGCAGCAGCAGCAGUUGUUCCAGACACAAACCUCUCCCUCCUACGGCCGCCAAACUUUGAGGGAGAACUUCCCCCAGUUGGAGGCGAGCACAGCAGACAUCUCACAGUCCUGCAUGGAUUCACUUAUUGGGGGAUCUGAUCCCAAUUUCUUUCACACGAAAACGGAGGAUUUCUCCAUGGAUACGGGUGAGCAAGACCACAUUGACCUUGAUAAUGCCUUCGAUCACAUUGGGAAAGACAUGGACGUGAACCAGAAAUUUUUGAUUGACAAUUCUAUAGACCUGCUCCAAGACAUUGAGCUCAGCGGGUCCCCCUCAUAUUUUUAUGUAGGGGACGAUGCCUUCCUUUCCACUCUGACAGAUGAUUCCCUGCUCGGGGACGUAGGCUCAGAGAGGGACAUGAAGCCUGUCGUUGAGAGCAUCAACAGCACCGUGUCUCUCAGCGGCAGCAAUGUGUCAAGUCCAAAACUGUCCAGUGCCACCCAAUGCCCAUCGGCCUCCUUAAUCCCCACAACCCCUCUGUCUGCUCUGGUGAAGAAAGAGAAAGACGUCGGCUUCAUUCAGCUGUGCACCCAAGGUGUGAUCAAACAGGAGAGGACGUCUGCGGGCCAGAGUUACUGUCAAUUGAGCGGCACCUCCACCACCGACAUGCCCAGCUCCAGCUCCAUCUCCAUCUGUGGCGUCAGCACCUCCGGGGGACAGAGCUACCACUUUGGGGUGAACCCGAGCAGCGGUGAAGCUCCGCAGCACACGGAGCACAAGCCGGUGUCCAGCCUGUCUACCAUCGGCAGGGCCUGGAGCCGCACCCAAGACGUCGGGAACAGCUCUGCGAUGCUCCGCGCCAGUGAGGCUUUCUCCUGCUCGCCGUCUUACCCCACCAGCUGUGCCAGUUCUGCCUCCAAAAGGGAAGUGGUCACCGCCGCUUCCUCAACACCGGGGAAGAGCGGGACUCGUAAGAUCUGCCUGGUGUGCUCUGACGAGGCUUCAGGCUGCCACUACGGCGUUCUCACCUGCGGCAGCUGCAAGGUGUUCUUCAAGAGAGCAGUGGAAGGGCAGCAUAAUUACCUGUGUGCCGGGAGAAACGACUGCAUAAUAGACAAGAUCAGGAGGAAGAACUGCCCGGCCUGCCGCUUCCGCAAGUGUCGGAUGGCGGGCAUGAACCUGGAAGCGCGAAAAACCAAGAAGCUGAACCGCUUAAAGCCGAACAACCCCCCCGAGCGGACUCCUUCUCCGCCAGUGGAGGCGCGCUCCCUCCUACCCAAGUGCAUGCCUCAGCUCAUUCCCACCAUGCUGUCCCUGCUGAAGGCCAUCGAGCCGGACACCAUCUACGCCGGCUACGACAGCACCCUGCCGGACACCUCCACCCGCCUCAUGACCACCCUCAACAGGCUGGGCGGGCGGCAGGUCAUCUCUGCCGUCAAGUGGGCCAAAGCUCUGCCAGGUUUUAGGAACCUGCACCUGGACGACCAGAUGACUCUGCUCCAGUACUCCUGGCUCUUCCUCAUGUCCUUCGGCCUGGGCUGGAGAUCAUUCCAGCAGUGCAACGGCCACAUGCUCUGCUUUGCACCAGACCUCGUCAUCAACGACGAGCGGAUGAAGCUGCCCUACAUGGCGGACCAGUGCGAGCAGAUGCUGAAGAUUUCCAGCGAGUUCGUCCGGCUCCAGGUUUCCCACGACGAGUAUUUGUGCAUGAAGGUCCUGCUGCUGCUCAGCACAGUGCCAAAGGACGGCCUGAAGAGCCAGGCGGUGUUCGACGAUAUCCGCAUGUCGUACAUUAAGGAGCUGGGAAAAGCCAUCGUGAAGCGCGAGGAGAACUCCAGCCAGAACUGGCAGCGUUUCUAUCAGCUGACCAAGCUGCUGGACUCCAUGCAUGAGAUGGUCGGCGGACUGCUCAGCUUCUGCUUCUACACCUUCGUGAACAAGUCCCUGAGCGUGGAGUUCCCCGAGAUGCUGGCGGAGAUCAUCAGCAACCAGUUACCAAAAUUCAAGGCCGGGAGCGUGAAGCCUCUGCUCUUCCACCAGAGAUGAUCGUGCCCCGUAACACAGACACGAUGCCUUAAAAUCCCUCCACCUCACCAAUCCCCCCCCCCCACCCUAACCCCCCCCCCCCCCUCCCCUUCCUCCUCGACGAUGAAAGGAGAGCAGGAGUGCAGGAUGUCUGUGAGAGCGAGUGAGCAGCUCUGUGCCAUGGCUGUCGGGAGUCGAGUAGGAAGCGUUUGUGAGAUAAACGAUAGUCGUAAAGAGAUAUAGGCUAACAUCCAUGUGGUCUCAGGUUUCUUACCUUCAAAUCCAGAACAAUAUCUAAAAUAGAUAAACAGAUAUAUAUAUAUAUAUAUAUAUACAUAUAUAAAUGUACAGGUUCUGAUAGCAUUUUCUACAUUUUCAAAUUGUAACAGUUUAUAUAAAUUUCCAGGUUGACGGUAACGAGCUUACUUCAUAUGACGCGCUCUUGGUAGGCUUUCAGACUGUACGUCGCUCAUUUAGUUUUUAUAGCAGGUUUUAACAGAAGGUGUUCUCUAAUACAGUGGGGGGGGAGGGGGCUCUUCCGUAAAUCCAAACAAUAUAGUUGAUUUACUGUUGGCCGUGCGUCGUUUGAAGGACGGUUCCUCACAAGCUUACCUCUCGCAGGUUCACCCGAGUCGGUCAGAAAAGGGAAAAGAAUGUGCCUUUUUUGCGUCACAUCUCAUCUAAACCCCCCCCUGUUCGAGGCGUGCUCUCUUAGACCCACCGUGGUAUACCUUCAUCGUGUGUUGAUUGUACUUUUUAUGUCACAUGCAGUCACCCCUCUUCUUCUUUUUCCUUUUGGUACAAUGGCCGUGUUGAUCAGUAGAAGCAGCAGCUCGGCCCGACCUUGGUGUGGAUGCGAUAUCCACACACUCAACUCCUUAAUGGCGAUUAGAGCACUUUGUACCCUGCCAACGGCUUUAAAGGACUGUGAGGAAAGACUGUUAUGCUGUACAGUCUUUUAUUAAUUAGCUGUAGAUCGGAGCUUUUCUAUAGGAAAUAGCCGGCUUGAUCAUUUUUUUCAGUUCCUACUCAUGCCCCAAAUAGCCUAAUAAUGGAAUGACAGAAUGAUAUGUUAGAUACCCGCGUCUACCAAUCAGAAGAGAGGGCAUGUUUUGUUUGCGAGGUUAUGUCAUAUUUUGUUCAUCCGGGAGACUCGUUUCUGUUUUUAAGCAUUGCUCAAAUUGUUUGGAAAAUAUCGUUUUUUUUUUUUUGCUUUUGUUAAACUGACCAACAUGCAAUCGUGAUUCUGCCACCGAUAACCCUUUUACAGUAUGUUCACGCUCGCAAUCAGCAUGUGGCUUUAGAUUUAAAGCGCUCGCAUUGUUACUUUGCUAUUUUCUGUGAUAUAUAUUUGUUUACUGCCAGGAAUAGAGAUACCAUUCAAAUGUUUGGGUAAAUACGAAGCUGUAGUCCGCAGCCGGUUGGUUUAACUUGAAUCAGCAUAAAGACUUGAACUGGAAGCUCAGCGGCACCAUGAAGCCUCUGCAGCACACAUUAUAUCCAGCUGGUUUAAUCUGUACAAGAAAACGGAAACAACUCGCCUUGAAAUGAAGUGGUGGAGGAUUUUUAGUGCCGGUGCUUUCUGGAGAUUUAGCUGGUUGCCUGGCAACGGGUCCAGAUGUAUGCGAUCUGUUAAAGCAGAAACUGACCUGUGUUGCCGAGCGGAACAGCGAUUUCGUAACCCUUAGUGUAAGCGAGACCAGUCGGUUCCCCUGUUUUUUGGUCUGUAAGUUGAGCUAAGCUAACCGGCUCCUGGCUGCAGCUUCCUGUUCAGCGAACACUAACGAGACGUUUCCCUACUUGUCUCAACUAUCCCUUUCAAUAUGAACAAUAUAGAUGAAAGACGGCUCGUGUAUAUAGCUUUUUGGAUCAUGCUGAUUUUUUUUUUUUUACCCAAUAAACCUCCCACCGCUGCUGAUAACCUUUGACCGCUCCCUUUUAAGCCUUCUGCUGUUGUAGCGCCCCGUCUGCACCUUGUCUGUAGCACAUUUACAUGUCUGUCUGUUCGCUUUAGCUAGUCGAGCCCCAAUGUUUGAAAGAACUUGUCAGCAGUCUCCUCAUGGAGUCAUGUCCCUGUGAAAGUGUAAUGUCACUGACUAUGGAGGCAGGCCAAAUGGAUCCUUUUAUUCUCUGGGAACUAUUUCAGUGCCAAACUCCAGUUUUGUCUGUUUUCAGGGAGGCUGAAAGUCUGAUCGGUGUUUGCAUCAGUAGAGGGAAACUAGUUCAAGUAUUAAAGCUUAUGAAUUUGUCAAAUGAUCUGAGCUUCAGUCCGCUGGAUAGAAGUCAUCACUAAUGAGCGCUAUUCACACAGCAUCCCUUCUGCGUGUUGUGUGGAUUUGAAAUGUGCUGCAACAUUUUCAUCAGUCAGCUCAGUUUGUCAUGAUGCAUGUGUUUAACGCACAAUAUAAUCCAGGUUUUGAUAUGAAUGUUAACUAAUUUAAUAAAAGUAAAAAUGCUUUUGACAGAUUCAAGCAGAUUAACGAGGAUGCCCUGCCGAUUUAAAAUCAUUGGAUAAAGUGUGAUAACAAAGUUAACUCGUACGGAAAAUGUCUUGCUCUUAGUAAACUACCCCAACUUCAAAUAUAAAAGCAUUUUGAAGCGUUUCCCACGUUUAGGUCAUUGAAAUGGAACCAUUGAAUGUCUGAUUCCCACAGUACGUGCUUGUCCGUGUAAAGUCGUUUAAUGUCCCGAAGAACCAAAAAACGGUCAGUUUGGAUCCCCGCAGUGUGUGUGUGUGCUUCUGUGCUUCUGGUGUAUUUCUCCACCAAGAUUAGGACCUUUCUAUUAACGUCUCAUAGUUACCCAGGCUCAGAAAAAAAGAUUUCGUUUGUUGCCGAUGUUCAUUCAAAAUAGUAGAAAAGCAUCCUCAUUAACUGCAUAGAGGUUGUCCAUGGGUUACUUUCACAUUCAGUGUAUACAAAUCUCUGCUGCUGUUUAUUUCAACAGGUGUUUAUAUUUAUAUAUAUAUAUAUAUAUAUACACACACACUUGCACACUUGCCUCUUCUUACUCAAAAGUGGAUCUGCUUACUUACUAUUUUUGAGGGGGACGUCUGAAUAUGCAAUAGAAACGACAGGUGAUCUGUCACCAUCACAUAACCACAUGUGGUCGCUUCUCUUUUUCCAGUAUAAGCUAUUUUUCCUUCAGGAGAUUCACAUUUAACAUAUCUGCAGGCCAGAAUUUCAGGUAAACUUAGUAGUCAGUCUCGACCGACUGCACACAAAAAGCCUAUUUUAUGUUUGACUACAAGGUGACCAAAGCAAGCACAGGCAAAUUUAACGUGUCGGUGUAAACUAAGUAGCUCCUAGAAGACAAAUGUACAGUGUUUUGUUUUGAUUUUAGACACUUUAUCUUUUCUUUUUUUACACCAACAUGACGACUUGGGUCAAAUUGUUUAAUACUGUGAAUAGGAUAAGAGUCAAGUGUUUUUCACACACAGACUGUUUGUGAAAGUAAUCGACCAGCUUGAAUCUACAAAAGGAAAGGUUUGCACUAUCCAAAUAUUGUUUGAAAAGCUAUUUUGUAUAAAGCAUAUGCAGACAUUAACUUUUCAGAAUUAUCAAGGGCAGAUCAUGUUUUACUGGUAUAUGCUUUCUCUAAAAAAAAAAAGGUUUUGCGUAAUUAAAAAAAUGAAUGUGUAUUAUAUAUAUAUAAUUCAUUGUAAAGAAAUGUGGUGUAUUUGUCUCCAAAUACGUUUUUCAAUACCGAGCCCUCUGUAUUAUUUCUCCUCUGUAGUGUGGUUCCUGUUGAUCUUUUCCUCCGUUGAUUAAAGGUCGAACUGUA